CGACAACACGUGAAAUAGAGUUUCCAACCCUCGAUUUAAAUUUGGAAUAUGAGAGGAUUGCUGCUUUCGGAUGGACGGAUGCCAUAGAAAGAUCACAAAAUGAUAGGUACACACCUCAUCUCAAGAAUAUACUCAAACUUGACACAUUUCGAACACUCGGGCUCUAUGAUCCAACCGGUGAUGAUAGUUUUCUUAGUACAAAUACUGAUAUCUUACCAAUAAGACUUACCGGAACAACAGACUUGGUUAUAGUGGACAGGCAUUCUAUUGCUUCUCAAGCCCAAGAGAAACAUAUCCGAUUCCUCUUUGAGUUAAAGAAGGUUGUCAAGAGGAUACAUACAUUUCAAGCCAUGGCAGAACUAAUUUCCACCGAUUUAAAAUCAAAGUAUCCAGUCUUGGCUGUAUUAACAGAUCUGAUGGACGAUUGGCGUUUUUUUUGGAUUCAAGGAAAAAUUAUCAUGAGGCUUACUCUUUCUAGAGAAGAAUCUGUGGCGUUGAUACGACGCAAUCGAGAAGACAGAAACUCAGACAUGUUGUUGCAACUUCUAACGUAAGUUCUGAUAUAGCUCCGAUGGAAGAUUUUUUUGAUACUCUGCAAUCUGACGAUGAAAAGAAUAUAUUAGAUUAGUUAUAAUGAUUACAAUUAUUAUGUGCUGGUUAUAAAACAAGAAAAACAUAAGAAAUUGAUACGGGUAUUAAUGUCGUUAGGAUCGGAGAUUAGGAUACAAAUAUUUCGUAUUUUGUUUCGUCAAAAAU